AUGAUACCCGAAAUGGAAUACCGCUUCGUCGGGCGGUCCGGCCUACAAGUCUCCGCCAUCUCGCUCGGCGGGUGGAUCACAUACGGCGGCAACAUUAACGACGAGGCGACCUUCGACUGCCUUAAAGCUGCGUACCAGGCGGGCAUAAACUUUUUCGACUGCGCAGAAGGCUACCAAGACGGCGAGAGCGAGAAAGUAAUCGGGCGCGCAAUCAAGCACUUCGGCUGGAAGAGGAACGAUUUGGUGAUAAGUACGAAGAUUAACUGGGGCGCGGCACACUCCGCCCACGUCGGCAGUCCGCGCGCAAAAGUAAACAACCUAGGCCUCUCGCGAAAGCAUUUGAUCGAAGGAACAGAAGCCUCCCUCCAACGCCUCCAACUCUCCUACGUAGACCUCCUCUACGCGCACCGCCCCGAUCGCCACACGCCAAUUGAAGAGACUGUUCGCGCAAUGAACUUCCUCAUCAACGCGGGCAAAGCUUUGUACUGGGGCACUUCGGAGUGGCUCGCCACGGAAAUAGAGGAAGCGUGGGCGGUAGCAGACCGCCUUGGUCUUAUUGGGCCAAUCGUCGAGCAGCCAGGAUAUUCUCUACUGAGAAGGGAGAAAGUGGAUGGCGAGUUCAAGAAUGCGGGGUUGUAUAGUCGGAGGGGAUUGGGACUGACGCCUUUCAGUCCACUGGCGGGCGGGCUGUUGACGGGCAAAUACAUCAACGGCAUACCGGAGGAUAGUCGGCUGAAGACCAGCGAUGAGCCUGCGGUGCAGACGCUGCUGAAGAAGAGGGAGACACCUGUGUGGGACGAGGAGCAGGGUAAGAUCAAAAAGUUAAUGGAGAUUGCGGAGAGAUUGGGGACAAAUGUUGCGACUCUGUCGAUGGCGUGGGUAUUGGCUAACGAGAACGUUGCGAGCGCGAUCACAGGGGCGAGUCGGCCGGAGCAGAUCUGGCAGACGGUGCAUGCGGUGGCGGUGUACAAGAAAUUGACGCCUGAUGUUUUGCAGGAGAUCGAGACGAUAUUUGGCAACAAGCCGGAGGAAGUGACUAAGAGGUUUGGGUAG